GUAUGAAAUAAUGAAAUCCUGCUGGGAGACAUUUCACCAACGGCUCGUGAUUCAGAAAGUGGCAGCUCUUUUGAAACAUCUACAUGAAAGUAGAAAUGUAUCAUCUAAUUCAGUGGCAUUUGAAGAUCAGUGGUACACCUUACAGCCCAUUCUUAAAUAUGAUAACAUAUCUUCACACAAUAGCCCAUUUAAAAUAUGCAUGCAGUUUGAAAGUGAUUUCACUGUGGAUCAUUCAUCACAAGAAAUACCUCCUUCACAGGGUUCCUUUUCUACUGCACAUGAAGUUGAAAUUGAGCCAAAGACCCACAUUUCUCCAAGCUUGAAGAACCUGAGAGGAAGUAUUGAAGAUCUGAGCUUAUUGGAAGAAACAAAUUGCCAGAGCUCAGAAGGUUUAGAAUAUUCACCUACAAAAAUUAAACACUUGGAACCCCCUGAGAAAAGUUCAGAACAAGGUAUUACUGAUCAACAGAUUACUGAUGCAAUUAAGAACCUAGACACUAUACUUGUGAAUGAAGUCUUGUCAUCGUCAGCAGAAACUUCUAAGAGGACAUCUCCUGACAGAAGUCGACAAGAAAUUCUCGAAGCUUUGGGUAAGAUUCCAGUCACCUUAGAGACGCCAGAUAAAGAAUCACCACUUAAUAGUCUUGAUUUUGAAAAAGAUACCUGUCAUACAAAAGUAAACAGUUUGUUGUUGGAAGGCCAAAAAAUAAUGACAGAUCUUUUCAAGCUUAGAGUAAUUGAAAGUGAAACCAAUAGUGAAUCGGACAGUCUUCCUUUUCAGUUUGUUCAAGAAAACAAUUCUUUGUUGAAAUCCAGAGAGGCUAAGAAUAAAAGUAAUUUAGCUUGUGUGUAUGAAGAAGCACAACAGUUAGACAUUACAAAAUGUUUAUCAUCAGGUUUAAGAUCUGAUGAUAUUUGUAUUUUAUCACACAAUAAAGAACAUCAAGGUGAUUCUCAAAUACCAGAAGCUCUUUCUAAGGAAGAAGAAUACCAAGGUGUUUCUCAAAUACCAGAAGCUCUUUCUAAGGAAGAAGAAAACCAAGGUGUUUCUCAAAUACCAGAAGCUCUUUCUAAGGAAGAAGAAUACCAAGGUGUUUCUCAAAUACUGGCAACUCUUUCUAUGGAAGAAGAAUACCAAGGUGUUUCUCAAAUACCAGAAGCUCUUUCUAAGGAAGAAGAAAGGAAGGAAGAAGAACACCAAGGUGAUUCUCAAAUAACAGAAGUUUUCUCGAAGGAAAAAGAAGAAUACCAAGGUGAUUCUCAAAUACCAGAAGUUCUUUCGAAGGAAGAAGAAUACCAAGGUGAUUCUCAAAUACCAGAAGUUCUCUUGAAGGAAGAAGAAUACCAAGGUGAUUCUCAAAUACCAGAAGUUCUCUCGAAGGAAGAAGAACACCAAGGUGAUUCUCAAAUACCAGAAGUUCUCUCGAAGGAAGAAGAACACCAAGGUGAUUCUCAAAUACUGGCAACUCUUUCGAAGGAAGAAGAAUACCAAGGUGAUUCUCAAAUACCAGCUGCUUUUACCUUUCCACAAGUGAGGGAAAUCCCUCUGUCUAAUCAGACAAAGAUCAAUUUUAGUGAGCUAAAUGAAGAGGCUGUUUGCUUCAUUCAUAUAGAAGGUCGUCAGCUAGUUUCAAGAAACCAAUGUCUUGGAGACAUCAGUGACCUCCAUAAGAAAACAUCAGUUAUUGAAGAUCCAUCAUCUGCAACAGAUAAAGCCAAUGUUGAAUAUACAUUGGAAAGAAAGCAGUCUUCAUCACCAACCUUAAAAAGUACAAAUGUUCUCUCUGGAAAUGAUGACAAUGAAGAAGGACUGAUAUCAGUAACAGGAGUAAGUACUUAUUAUGACACUUGUAGUUGUGCUUCUCAGACUCUAACGUACCCUGUUUUUUUUCCUUCUGUCUCUAGCUCCCUCAGACCUUCUGUUACUGUAAUUGAUCCAACUGGUGGUAGUGUUGCAUGUCCAACUUCUGCUAUAGCAAAGACUAAUAACCUAGACUGUUUAUCCCAAAUUAACCAAGACCAGAGGUUUUCAUUCACCCCCAAAGACUCUGAUCUAACCUCCUCUUGUGCUGAAGUCAGCUCUCACUUUGAUUCACCUUCUAAUACAGAGUGCUUAUAUAAUGACACUAAUUCUAUACAUGUGCUGAAUUCCAGAUUGACCAUCAGUGAUUCAAGAGGGUAUCCAGAUGGAACUGACAGUAAUUCAAGUUCUUGUUACAAUAAAGCGGAAAAGGUACCUUGUGAUGAUUUACCAGAUGUUAUUGGUGCUAAUACUGUAUUUAUAGAUAGCAAUGUUGAAGCUACUAACAAUUCCGUUCAUCUUGAUCCUUUGAUUAUAAAUCAGAGUGAUCUAAAUGUUUGUGAUGUAUCAGCCCCAAAUAAUGUAUAUGAAGAUAUUCAGACUAUUGAUGAAGAAAUUUUGGAGUGUUAUAUACGUGAUGAUAUGGUUGAUGAUAAUGAGACAUGUAUAUCUCAACUGAAAGAGGAUAGAAAUCUAGAUAACCAAGAAACCAUGAUGGCUGAAACUGAAAAUAUUGUACCUAAUCCUGCACUAAUCGAACUUGCUUUGAAUAGAAAUGAAUAUCUUUCAGGUUUCCAAAGCCCAGUUUCAGAAGAUAGUAAAAAUACCAACUCGUGCUCUGAUAACAUUGAAUCUAAAAAUAUAUAUAAUCCACAUAAAAAAGACUGGAACAUUCUCUGUGUCAACAGUUCUCCUAGUGAUUAUUUUCAGUCCCAGACCGAGGGGAGUGGUUCCCCUUGUAAGUAUGUCCAAUACCAAGCUGAGGGGAGUAGUUCCUCUAGUGAGUAUAUUGUAUCCCAAGCUAACGAAAAUUGCUUCCUUAGUUAUUUCACUCAGUCCCAAGCUGAGGGGAGUGGUUCCCCUAGUAAGUGUGACCAAUACCAAGCUGAGGGGAGUAGUUCCCGUUGUAAGUAUUUUCCAUCGGAGGCGAAUCAACCUCUUGUAAGCAACAAGGAAUUUAAAAUCUCUAAUUUUGAUAUUACUGAUUAUCUUACUUGUACUUUAUCAUCAAAUAAUUCAUCACAGAACGUAACCACAGACAAUGAUGUUAAGAACAACCAACAGUCUUCAGUGCAUGAUAUGUAUGACGUACACUUUAUGAAUAAAUCAGAUCAUAACAAAACUGAAGAUAAUCAGUUUGAGCUGGAAUUAUCUUCAGAACAAAACAUUUCUAAUACUGAUAAAAAUUUAGCUGCAUCAUUAGAUGAUAUUGAAGUGCAACUUCUUACAUGUCCAGUUGAUGAUGUCGUGAAGAACAGCAGAGAUUUAUUGCCUUCACCUACUGGCUUCAUCACACUUACAAAACUUGUUGAAGAUGCUAAUAACCUGGAUAACACAAAGACAUCUUUUGAAGUUUUACAGCCUGUAAAACUCAUAGAGCUAGAAGCAAAAGGAAAUAUCAAAGAAAGUGGACAUCAUAAAGUUCUUGUGAACCAAACAUCACCUAUAAUUAUAAAUAAUGACCAGGAUGAAGUAAGGAGGUUUGAAACAUCGGGUGAUGAACAUCUGAGCAACCUUACUUCUGCAUCAUUGAAGGACUCAACUCAUACUUAUGGCCCUGAAACUGAGAGUCAGAGCAAAGAAAUAGCUGUUGUCACUUCACAUGAAAAAACAUCUUUAAACAAAGACAAAAACACACUUGUUAUUGUGAAUAAAACUGACUGUAGUAAUGAUGGUGUUGACACUUUAGUUGAAAAUAAAAUCUUAAACAAAGAUGAAAAUGUAGAGACCCAAGACUCUAAACUUAAAGCUUUUGAAAAUGAUUUUUACAACCCUUUCCUUAAUAAGAGUAUAUGCAUGUUGCAACAAGAAAGUUUCAAACAUUCCUCACAUCUUGUUGUCAACGUUGAAAGAGAACAAGGAUUAGCUGUGCUACUUCCAUCUGAUAAUCAUUGCAUAAACUAUAAUGAAGAUAAUGAUGGUGGUUAUUCUUUGGGUGAUGACGACGAAGGUAGUGUUACAAUGGAAGAUCUUGAAACUGGGGAGAAACAAGUGAUUUUAAAUUCAGCAUCCAAAAUAGAAGUGUUGGAGGAUGAAGAGGUUUUGAUUAUUGAUACAACAACAAACGAGGCAAUUCUUGUUGAAUCAAUAGCUCCCACAAAAAAUUCUGAAUUUUUAAAAACUCCUGUAAUUCCAGAACAGGAAGAUGAAACAGAGGGGAGGUCUAGUCAACUGUCUAAUACCCCAGUAGAGGAACCAGUUCUUGGAAUAGAAGGGCAGUCCCCAUCAAAGAGCAUAGAUGAAAUUAAUUCUGUACAGAGUGAUUUAGAAAGCACGGAUUUGGAUUUCAGUGGUGAAGUUUUAUCAGACACUGAGCCUCAUUCAGUGUCUGAUGUUUUAUCAGACAGUGGAGAAGUUAGCCUUAAGUACUUUCCAGAAGAUGAUGACACUGACAUACUCAAAAGUUUGGGUGAAAAUGAGUUUGUUUCUAAGACUGAAAACAGAAGUAUACUACCAGUUGCUUCUAAUGAUAGGGGCAACAAAGACAAUAAAGUAGAACUACUGUGUACACUAGAUGAACAUUGGAAGCCUGCAGUUCACGCCGCACACAUGGGAAUAUUAAGAAAGAAUGCAGAAUUUUCAAGUUCCUUGUGUUCCAACAUUGAAUAUGAUAAGCAAUUUAAUAUUGACAAAGAUAUUCUUUUGACAGAGAAUCAAGAGGAUGUUCCUUCUGAAAAUCAUAAAACCAAAAGUACCUUUCUUCCAGUAACAACUGGACAGGAACCAAGAAGCUUGCCACAUGUCUCCUCGAUCAGUCAGGAUGGUAUUAAGAUAUAUGAUUCUUUUAGCUCUCUGAGAAGAGAGAAUAGAAGUCUUUUAGAACCACACAAUUCCUUUCAACCUCUAUUACCAUAUGAAAACAAAGAAAACCAUGUCAAAAUACCCAAUUCUCUUUACUCUCCAGCCAUAGAUCAAAAUGAUAGAAAAGACUCAACGUUUACAUCUAACUUUGUCUACACCUCAGUAGAAGAUGAAAGAAAUAUCCUGGAAAUUCCCAAAUCCCUUAAUAUCCCAGUAUCGGGUGGAGAGGAAAGAAGUUUUCUAGAAUCACCCAACUCUCGGUGUUCCAUAAUACUUGAUGAAGCUAGAGGAAGAAACUUUGAAGAAACAUCAAGCUUUGUUAAUCAGAGAACUGAAACCUCUAGUCGAGAAAUGUACACACCAGAUUUUGACAGUGAUGGUGAAGACUCUGUAAAAAUUGGGUCUCCAUGUAGUUCAACGUCUGGCUCAUUUGAAUGUCUGAAUCUAAAUGGUUUUGGGUUAUCAUCAAACCUGCUUGCUGUUCAAGAAGAACCAAUAGAGGGUGCCACACUAUGGGUCUCUGAGGAUGUGCACAGCAGCUACUCCAAACAUAGUGUCACCAAGAAAUCUGUUUGUUCUCAAGGGCAACAUUACCCCCAAGAACCCAAGAGUAGAGAUAUCUCAUGGGAAACUGGUGUUUUACAGGGACUUAAAAAUAGACCUUUAUCACCAAAAAAUUUAAAUUACCAAAAUUCCAAAGAAAGAACUGAACAAGAAAACAGUUACUCCUUUGAAGAUGAGAAGAAUACAUUAGUACAAACUGUGAACUCCGGAGAAGAGGUUUCUAACAGCCAUUUGCGAGAGAAUGUUUUCCUGUCUGUAAAGACUAUUGUCCUGCAUAAUGACCACAAUGCUGGAAAGUGUGAUUGCACAUCUGGAAUGUUAGAAGAUUACACGUAUAUAAAAGGAAGAACACAAGUUGGUUCAGAAGUUUCCACUGUGAUGAAAUAUAUCAUUGACAUUUUUGAAACAGAAUCUCAGAUAGCAGAUAUGGGUAAUGAGGAAAUUCCUGAAGAUGUGAUUGAUGUGCAGAAUCCAGAUGAGGAUGAUGAAGAUCUGUCUCUUCAAUAUAAGCCUUUAAAUGUUUCACUGAGUGACGAACUUAAUGGAGUAAUUACCCUGAAGAGUGCUGAAGAAGGUACUGAUGUAAGCUGUGUACAAGGAGAAGGAAACAUGCAAGGAAUCAUGAAAAUGGACUUAGAGAGUAAAAGCUGUGACCAACUAGAUGGGUAUUGUUUCGAUGGAUCAGGAGUUGCAGAAGUUAUUUCAUCAAACAACCAUUUCAAGACAGUCACUGUAACAGAUAGUGAAGAGCCUUUUAGUCUCAUGUUUCUUGAUGAGAAGUGGGAAACAGAAGAUACCAGUGAAAGUAAAACUAAAUCUUCUUGGAAUAUGUCUUAUGAUAGAGAAACCCAAGACAAUUUACUUCAAGUAUUGAUAUCUCGAGAUGGACAUAGAUCUAGUUUUGAAACCAAUUUACCUCAAGAUGUUGAACCUUCUCACUCACUUGAGGGAUUACCUGAGUUAACAACUGACCCUGUAUCAACCCCACACUCUAGAUCUUUCAAAGCCUUUACCAUAACCAGGAACUCAGAAGUUUCCAAUAAUGGUUAUGUAGAGAUCUCAGAAGACACUGGGAAAACAAAGGACACACUUGAAGCUAGAAAUGAAAGCAUAGGUUCCAAAUGUAUAGAAGACAACUUACUAGAUGUAGAUGAAAAUAUAGAAUCUCAAAUUGUAAAAAACAAAGAUGAAAGAGAAGAACUUAAACAUACAAGACCACAUGAAAUAGAUGAAAGAGAAGAACUUAAAUGUACAAGGCCACAUGAAAUAGAUGAAAGAGAAGAACUUAAACAUACAAGACCACAUGUUUUCUUUCAUCUAUUUCAUGUGGCCUUGUACGUUUAA